GGGGGCGGGGCCUCUUUGUCAGCCCCAGACCGGCGCUCACCGCACGCCUUUUGUCAAAUGAGAAACGCGGAGAGGCUGUUCCUCAGCGGAGGUUUAGCCAAUGAAGGAGGCGAGGUAGGCGGGCCGGGAGUGCCUGGCUGCGAGUCCUCAGCUCCCAGCCGAGGUGCGGCGAGCCGGUGGGGGGACCGCGAGGCGGGCGCGGGAUCCUGGGCGGCGAGCGGCGUGUGAGGUGCCUGAAAAUGCACUCGGAUGCUGCCGCUGUCAACUUUCAGCUGAAUUCUCAUCUCUCAACACUGGCAAAUAUUCAUAAGAUCUACCACACCCUUAAUAAGCUAAAUCUAACAGAAGACGUUGGCCAAGACGAUCACCAAACAGGAAGUCUGCGGUCUUGUAGUUCUUCGGACUGCUUUAGUAAAGUGAUGCCACCAAGGAAAAAGAGAAGACCUGCCUCUGGAGAUGAUUUAUCUGCCAAGAAAAGUAGACAUGACAGCAUGUAUAGAAAAUAUGAUUCAACUAGAAUAAAGACUGAAGAAGAAGCCUUUUCAAGUAAGAGGUGCUUAGAGUGGUUCUAUGAGUAUGCAGGUACUGAUGAUGUUGUAGGUCCUGAAGGCAUGGAGAAGUUUUGUGAAGACAUCGGUGUGGAGCCAGAAAACGUAGUUAUGCUUGUCCUAGCUUGGAAAUUGGAUGCACAAAAUAUGGGUUAUUUUACUCUACAGGAAUGGUUAAAAGGAAUGACUUCUCUACAAUGUGAUACAACAGAAAAACUCAGAAAUACUUUGGAUUACUUAAGAUCAUUAUUAAAUGAUUCUACCAACUUUAAACUUAUUUACAGAUACGCGUUUGACUUUGCACGGCAAUCAAAAUACAAAGUUAUUAACAAAGACCAGUGGUGCAAUGUGCUAGAGUUUAGCAGAACAAUUAAUCUUGACCUCAGCAACUAUGAUGAAGACGGAGCGUGGCCAGUUUUGUUGGACGAGUUUGUGGAGUGGUAUAAAGACAAACAGAUGUCCUAGGACUUUAUGCAUAGCAGCGAAAGAGUCACUGUUACCACAGUUAUGUCAACCAUUAGCCAUAAAUCGCUGUUUGUAUCAAAGCGCAUGCUGCUUUUCUUGCACUGUCUCCCUUUUGCAGGGACGUUUUUUGGUGUUUGCUAUGGAAUGGGCCAGCUCUGCCUGCUGUGUAGCAUUGUUCUCUUGGAAGGCUGCUUUGCAGUUUGUAUUUACACUACAGAUUGGUGAACUCACCAACGUCCUCACUGUGAUUAUGUGUAUAUUGCUGUUUAAAUUUUGUAUAUGUGUAUAAAAAGAAAAAGCUUCACCUAGAGAUUAUUUCUGCAAAAAUGUAUUGUAAAAAUAAUUUUGUGGCAUAUUUCUAGUCCCUUUUUUCAAAUGAACCAAUUACACUUAUUUGGUCUCAAAUGUAGCAUUUCAGAAAACAAGACAAAACAACUGUUAGCAUAAGUAAAUGUUGCCAGAAUUCACCUUAUUGUUCAAGAGGCCAACUUUUGGAAGGAGGUGGGAGUUAUAACUUUCGAGAGGCAAAUGCCAAAUAUAAUUUGGUCUACUUAAAUAUUAGCAUUUUUAAAUGAUGAAACUAGUAUUUAUUUGAACAUAUAAACGUGUACCAUGUCACAAAUCAUUUCCACAAUGCAAGGUAUAGAUUUUUCUUUUCUAAUGUUAAAAACUGUAAUAAUUUGAAUAUAGGUACAAAGGAACAAAUUAAAAUUUCACUUUUUUUUUUUUUAAUGAGAUGGGUUUUAAAUUCUUGUAGUAAACUUUCUUGAGGUUUUUUUUUUUUCCCCUUCUUUUGCAUUCUUCUUGUCAGUGUUUGGUCUGCUGAUGCUUUCAUUGCCAUUCUAAGUAAAAUUUGUUUUUCCUCUUCCAUGAAAACCUAAUGGUUUGCUGGCAUUUUAUAACUGCAGAGCACUUUUAGUUAUGGCUUGAAUUUUCAGUUAAGCUUUCAUGGUGUCUAAUUUUCUAGUUUUUGGAAAAAGAACUCUAUUAUAAGUGAGAGGUGUUUUGUUUUCCUUUUUGUUUCUUUCAUGCUAGGCUUUUCCUGGCAGAAUGUCCACUGCAGGCAGUGGACAUGAAACCACCAGCAUUGAGCUAAUAACUAUCACACGGCAGGCCCUUUCCUGGAGAGGCCACUCGUCAUUACCUGAGUAAUUUGUAUAGAAAGUUGGUAGCCAUUAUUUAUGUGGACGAGGAAAAAGAGUAAACAGGAUGGUAUUUUUAGGUUUGUAUUUUAUGUCUUUUUUCUCCCCUCCCCUUGCCUGACCCUUCUUGCGGAAAUGUAUAGAUAAGAUGUUUCCCCCUCAACUAUCUGGUGCUAUUAAGUGACUAAUUGAGUCCCUAAAGUUUUGUGAAACACAAAAGUCUAAUGAUUUAAUCCAAGUAAAAAGCUAAUGGUGCAUUUGAACAAGUGAAUGGCUAUAGUUGUGAGCAAGAUCCAUGAUUGACUAUAUAAUGCUUGGAAGAGGUUUGGAUCAUUUCUCAACCUGGCCGAAAAAUCUUCUGGAUUAAAUGUGAAUCUUUAAAUGGCAUUAAAUCAGAAAAGCACACAGACAAUGCUACUUUUGACCACUAUUUCACAGUUUCUUUGCAAACAGUGUUCAGAUUUUCAUAUUGUUUUUUUCUCUAACUGAACCACCAAAGACAGAAAUUUUGUAUGUAUAUACAGUGUGUGUGCAUAUACAAAAUCAUGAUACGGUAGAAUGAAAUUAUUUCCUUUUUCCACCAAAUAGAAAGGUUUGGUUUGCUGCGAAAUAAACCAGAAGUUUGAAAAACUCCAUAGUGAUUAAGCAUACUUAAUCAUUCCUUGUUUAGGGAUUGUAGACUCCCUUCGACUUUAUAAAUUCAUACCAGUUUGCACAAAUUAAUAUCUGAAAAGAACAGAAGAUGUUAACGGCAAGCACAGCUCUCAAGCCCAGUGUAUUGAAAGGGGUUCGGUUCAGACGGUGCUGUUCCAGUGGCGAUUGGCCACAGGCGGGUUCAGAUCUGUGGAGAACUUGAUUCAUUUUCAAAAAUAUCCUGUAAAGUUUUUUUUAAAAGAAUCACUGUAAAGUCAACAGUUCUUAAAUUUGAUCAACUAUAAAUCACAAAUGAAUAUACAAAUAUAAAUCAUAGAUGAAAUUAUUUUAAAAGUUAUUAUUAGAAACUGGAGAAUUUUUUAAACACUAAGCACAGUUAAUCCUAAAUUAAAGGACUGUCACAGGGGAGAUGGUACAUUUCAUCCACAUUAACAUUUUGAUAAUGGGGGAAAAACCCAAGUGAAAAAGGUUUCAUGGUGUAGAAUACAAAAGUAAGUAUUCCAAAGCGAUAUUUAGAAAACUCCAAAUAAUCUUAAACUCCCUUGAAAAAUAAACCUCUGUGACUGCAGAGUGCUUGCCCUUGGUUUUUUUGAUUUUAUGAAGUUAUUUUUAAGGGGAGGAAUAAGGGUUAGAGUAACAAGAUACCUUUUCUUAAAAAUGUCCCUAAAUUACAUACAAUUGAGGAAUCAUCAAACACUUACUGGCUAAUAUUAAAUAAAUUAGGGUGCCUUCUUCUGGUUUUUCUUUAUUACCUAAGUCUACACUCUUUAUCUCUUUCUGUUGUGUUUUGAACUCCUCAUUGCAAUACCCUGUUGUAAUGGAAUACAACUUUUAGAUGUUUACUGCUGCAAUAGGUCACAAAUUUCAUUAUUUGAUUUGCCGUAAACACCCACUGUAAUGUUACAUGCAGCUUUUUGGAAGCGAACUCUGAAUUAAGUUGUUACAAAUCUGACGAGACAGACCUUCACAUUUAACAACAGAUUUCUGUUGCCUCUCAGUUUCCAUUUUCACAGUGCUUUUGAAGUUUAUACAUAAAGCUUUAAAAGUUCAUUUUGUGCCCUUGGUGUUUAUUCUUACAACUGCUAAAAUACCUCUGUAAGCCUUAUCUUUUAUUCUUUCAUAUGUUGUAUAAUAAAUGUAUAGAAUUCAUUGACCAACUAAAAUGUUGGGUGUCUGUAAAUGAGACCAAAACGUGGGUUGCUUUUUUCAUAAAAUAAUUUUCCUUGGGGGUUACUGUUAAUUGAACAGCAGCUAACCUAUAACUGUGAAUGCUUCCUGUCGUCAGUAUUUGCAUUACAUUCAUAAACGUGUGCAAGUCCUGUGACUCCCAGCUUAACUCACAUACUGUUAUGCCACCUAACUUGAGUACAGCAAAUUGGUUUUAGGUUUUAAUGUAAUGGAUGUAAAAUGAUAUCCCAUAAAUAAAAAGUAUUUGUGUUUGGUUUCAGAA